AUGAGCGACAUCAAGACAUACACAGUUUCCAAGCCAUACCUCAAGAUCGAUUGUGGCCUUGGAGAAGCUCCAUUUUGGGAGGAGAAGGCCAACACGCUGCGCUUCGUAGACAUCGUCAAGUCCAAAGUCCAUACGAUCGAUCUCAAUGAGGGCCCUUCGUCGCACAAGGUGCUUGCUGAUCUGGACAUAUCAAUUGGCUGCACUGCUGACAUAGAGGGUAAUGAUGAUGAGUUCGUGUUCGGGGGAAAACACGGUUACGGCAUCCUCAACCGCAAGACUGCGGAGUACAGAUACAUCAAGAAGUACUGGACGGAGGAGGAGAUAAACGAUGGCAAGCAUGGUGGCAAGGAGAACAGAAUGCGCGGCAACGACGGUGCAGUGGACAGCCAAGGCCGAUUCUGGGUCAGUACGAUGAACGACCCGCUCGUUACGGAUCCGAUAGACGAAGGCGUGCUGUUCCGGCUUGACCCGGACAUGACCUUACAUCGAAUGCUCGAGGGUGUCUCUAUACCAAAUGGUAUAACAUGGAGCCCCGACGACAAGACCUUUUACUUCGCCGACGGCCCGACAGCAAACAUCUUUGCGUACGACUACGAUACGGCCACCGGCAAUAUCUCCAACAAACGCGUCUUCUUCCACAUAGAGGACGAAGGCUCCGCCCCGGAUGGCCAUUGCAUCGAUGAAGAGGGGUACAUGUGGACCGCUGUCUUCGGCUCUGGGAAAGUGCUUAGAAUAAGCCCUGAAGGCAAGUUGGUUGCGGAGAUCAAGCUGCCAACAAGAUCAAUAUCCUGCCCGGCGUUCGUAGGUGAGGAUCUCUUCAUCACAUCUGCGGAGGAGGAGGAACCGGACAAGUAUCCGGAGAGCGCGAAGUUGCAGGGCAGUUUGUUCAAGUGCAGUGUUGGCAUCAAGGGUCGCAAGCUGUACCGCUUCAAGUAUCAAGGUGAAAGAGUCUGA